GAUGAUCUCGUCUUCCACCGUUAAUAACAUACCUUUAUCAUUGCCUCCUCUCGAGGCGGGGCCCUGGAUGACAUUAUGAAAGACCCUAGCGGCCUUGGGCGAAGACCUUAGCCAGUGGAGGACUGUGGUAUUCUCUGACGUGCAGGUCUUCGUCGGGAUGACUGGUUAGAGAUAUUAUCGAGACUGGGGUUUCGGGAUCGUUAUUGUUCGGGUUGAGCGGGCCUGACACUUCAACGAUUUAUUUACAUCACCACGCUCUUCAACUAAAUUACUUCACGCUUCAGCGUCCUUUGUUGCAACGCGAGCGGAAUAGUAAUGCUCUUCAGUGACACCGGACCGGAGCCAGCUGCCGCUACGUGCCUCGAAGACGCCGAAGCUAGGACAAUUCCAGGACCAGAACUGAUCACCAGUGAUGCAAACAAAAAAGAGGGCCAAACUCUUGCGUCUUCUCAGUCAACUGCAACUGCGGAUAUUGAGUACCCCUCCGAACUGAGGCUGGACUUGAUCAUCACCAUGUUCUUAGUAUCUCUGGACCGCAUGAUCUUGAUAAAGGCAAUUCCACAGAUCACAGACGACUUUGGGCCCGCCACCGGUACUGGCUACGACAACUCUGCUUACCUCUUGACGACAUGUGCCUUCCAGCUGCUACACGGGGAGGUCUACUGCUUCUUCUACAGCACCACGGCCACUUACCUGAUCGCUAUCUUCCUCGUAGAGACUGGAUCCGCUGUGUCGGGGGGCAGCCCCAAACAGGUAGAGCCUUGUUGUCGGCCAAGCCAUUGCUGGUGUAGGAGGGGCGGGGGUUACUAGCGGGAUCGUAAGUUAAACUUCAACCGUCUCGGUGCUCCCAGUUUUCUCUACCCCGAAGAGCCCAGAAAUAAAAA